AUGUACGGAGGAGGUGAGUAACGCUGGAGUGUGGGAAGAUGCAGUGAUGCCACCACUGACUGCUCGACCUCACAGGCCCUCCCCCCGGGUUCAGACCUCCACCAGGCUUUGGUGCGCCUCCAUCAGCAGCAGCAGCAGCAGCAGGGGCCAGUCCCCGUGCUGGUGGGUCGUACGGACCACCGGGCGGCAACCCCAACCCCAACUAUGCACCCUCACCGCCCCCCGUCGGAGGGCCUAUGAAUCGCUACCCACCCCGACAUGCUGGGAUAGGUUCAGGACCACCAGGCUUCCACCAUCAUCAGCCACAAUGUUCGCCGAAUUCGUUCCAUGGCGGGCAACAGCAGCAGCAGCAGCAGCAGUACCCACCUCCACCUGGGUUUCCUCACGACCCAGGCAUGAUGGGAGGAGGGGGUCCACCACCUGGGUUCGUUCCUCAACUCAGUCGGGAAAGGUUCAAGUUGUUCGUGGGCAAGAUCGCCGAGAUGAGUGAUGGGUGGUUGAACAAGCUGUUGGAGGUCAGUCUGCGACGGUGCUCGUCGGCGUAGCCCCGAGUGGCUUCGAGGCAUGCAAGACUCGGACACCUACUCACACUGUAUCAUCUCAUACAUUCAGAUCGCGGGACCUGUUUUGUCCGUCACUCGUCCGGCCAGACCGAUGGCCUUCGUCGAAUACGGUGACCCCGAGGUAGUCCUUCGUGCGCUCGAGGUCCUCAACGGCGCUGCCAUCAGCUACCCCUCCGGCAAAUCCGACGCCUUGUUGAUCAAAACGGACGACAAAGUACGAGCGAGGCUUGAUGAAUACGAGAAAACGCGGGUGAACGACGAUGUGAGCGUUCUGCUCCGAAUCUUUCGUCACGACGAGCAACGAACAGGAGCUGAUUUGCCUCAUCCUAUCGUGCACAGUCCCAGGCCGAUCUAUUGGAACAAGCCAAGAACGAUCUACGUGUUAUCGCAGAUCGCAUCAAAAAAGGAGAAUCCCCCUCCGCUGCUCGAGCACCCAUGGGCGACUCGACUGACCCCGACGACGAUGGCAUCCCCGCCCAUCUCCGCGAUCUCGCACCCGAAGACCUCCCCGAACACCACCGCGAAGCCAUCACAUCCGAGAUCGCCAUGUUUCGUGAGAUUGCGUUCAAGAAGGCCGCGGAGAAGAAGGCCGCACAGCUGAAGAGGGAGCAGGAGGCGGUGACGAAUCGGAUUUUGGCGGAGAGGAGAUCGGUCCCGACUGGGCCGGCGAGGUCGAAUUCGCAUCCUUCUCUGGCUGGUGCUCCUUCGUCAGCUUCACCGUCGGCAAACUCCAAGUCAGGACCUGGACCUACGGGCGCUCCGAGCGAUGAUCCGCAGAGCUAUAACAAGCCUGUGAGCUUCGUGAGCGAGGGGACGGGACUGGACGAUGCGCAAAAGGAACGCGAGAGGGCAGAGAGGGCGUACAGGGAUGCAGAGGCACUCUUUCACGAGGUGAGUACCUAAAUCAUCUAGGAUUUGGCUUUUACACCUCACUGAGUGAGAUCUUUUGCUCUCACAGCGCGAGCGGAGAUUCGAGCAACGUGAGCGACAACGAAUCAACAACUACGACCGAGAACGAGCACGCGAGCGAGCCGAAGAGGAGCGCGAAGCCCGAGAACGAGACGCAAUGUUGGAUCGCUUGGCACGAUGGGACGACGAAGCUGAAGUUGAACGAGGGCGCGAAUCGUUCUACAUCGAUCGAUCGAGAUGGAGGACGCAACGCCGAGCUCAGCGACUGCGUGAGCAAGAAGCCGAUGACCUCGAUCGUCAACGCGAGAAGGAAGAAUAUGAAGCCGCUGCCAAGCAGGGUGAUGCAUUCCUUGAUCAAUUGGGAUUGCUCGCACCGCCUUCAGGACUGGACGUAAAACUUAAGCUCGAACCAACCGUCAUUAAAGCUGCGAUCAAACCGGCCAAACCUGCGACGAGCUUAUUGGGUUUGGCCGAUGAUGACGAAGAGGGCAAGACGAAGCGUGCGCUCAUCCCUCUGGUGUACGACGACGACGAAGGAGGAGAAGCGGAGGAUGGCAAGUCGUCAAAGGAAAGGAAGGAAGAUCUUGAGGCAAGGAUAUCGAGAUCGAAAGAUGAGGUGUUUGCCUGGCCGAUAUACUGGUCUGGAUUGAGCGAGGUACGUACACGUGUAGUUCUGGUCGCCUCGAAAUUCCCAUGCUGAUCGCCAUUGGACUAAUCGCGCAGGCUUUGAUCACCAAGGAGCUAGUGCCCUUUACGACAAGUAUGAUCGUUGAGUCCCUGGGAUUUGAGGAAGAGGAACUCUUGAGCGCCGUGAUGACUCACAUUAGGAGACACGCUGCGCCGCAAGCGCUCAUCGAGGAACUCGAACCGGUGCGCACCUAUUCACCAGCUCGUCAUUUAGCAGCUCGAUUUCUCUUUGCUAAUCCUUUGUCUGUCAUAGGUCCUCGACGAAGAGACGAGCGAGUUCGUCGUCAAGUUUUGGCGCGAAUUGAUCUUGCGGACCGAGUUGAGCAAAAAGGGAGGAAGCAAGUAA